AUGAAUUAAUUAUUUGAAGAAUAAGUAAAUGAUGAAAAUUUAAUUUUAAAAAAAGGUAUUGCUCUUAAUACAUUAAAUUGUAUCAGUACAAAUGGAAAUCCAAUCUUACAAGUUAAUUUCAAACCUAAAUAAGAAACAUAAAUUCUUCUAAGACUUUUAGUUUAACAAAUUAUAGAAUCUUAUUUUUAAAAUAAUUAACAAUAUCAAUAUCAAUAUCAUUGGAAUACUAUAUUUGAUGUUUUAUAGCUACUUAUUUAAAAAUUUCCAAUACUUUUACCAUAUCUCUUAAAAAUUUAUUGUAGCAACUUUCUAGAAAAAUAUUAUAGUGGAAUUGAUUCUUCAAAAAUCACUUCUAAAAUUUCAUUCCUAACAUUAAUAACAAGUUUAUAAACCCAUCUAAUAAUUUUAUAUUUUAUAUAUGUUUGGAUAAUUUAGUUAUUUAUAGGAAAUCUGAUAAUGUAAUUGUUCCUUUUGCAUAUGAUAUUAGAAGAUUAAUAAUAAGGAGUUAUUUGUUGAGCUUAGUAAAUCUAUUAAAAUUUUAGAUGACAAAGUAUGUCAGUUUUCUAAUAUUUUAAUGAAUUUAUUGUAAAUAAAAUCUGUUGCAAAAAUUUGUAUUCAAAAUAUUAACGACCCUUAAAACUCAUUUAAUUUUAUUAAAACUUAUAUAGAGGGGAUUAAAAAUUUCGAUAUUAAAUAACAUUUUAUUUACAAAAAUCAAUUAUUUUUCAUUCUUAACACUUUAAAUAUGCUUUAUAGUGUUGCUAUAAAUUUACUUUUAGAUAAAACUGAACCGAUUUAAGUUAAUUCUUUCUAAAUGAGUUCAGCAGAGAUCAAUCAUUAAAUAUUUUCAAAUUUUAUGUUACAUUUUCAAGAUCGAGUAAAACAAAACAUUAAUAUAGUUAAGCUUCUAUUUUGA